AUGCAGUCGAGGGUCAAGCGAGUCGCACAGAUGAACGUUACUUGUUGUUUAGAUUUAGCUGUGCAUGAUUUAAUUGAUCAAUGUGCUACAAUUAGUAAUUGUAUAUCAUUUGUGAAAGAAAUAAUUGAUUUUGUUCGUCGAUCACCAAAACGUCUUGCUAUUUUAAAAGAAAUAUCCAAUCAAUUAUCAAUGUCUUACUCGAAUCUCAUACCAUUAUGUCCAAUGCGAUGGACUACGUGUGCUGAAUCAUAUGAUUCAUUAUUAAAAAAUUAA